AUGCUGCAGGUGGAGAAGAGUCAGGAGAACCUCAUUCAACAGUUCUCCUUUAGGACCAACCCCAGCUCAGACAACAACACCAGUCUUUCUACAGAUAGGUUGAAUGGUGGAACUGACUGUGGUGAGUGGGAGGACAGCGACCUUCACUGUGAUCCUGCAGAUGAGUGUGGUGUGAAUGAGUUCUUCAGUCCUGUCGGGAGUGUGAGUCUGGCUGCUGGACAGACAGAAACCAUAGAGCUCCACUACCUGCCCUUCCACCUGGGGAGAAGACACUGCUCCGUCCUGCUCGUCAGCCAGCAGGUUGGUGAGCAGGUGUAUCUUGUGGAGGGGACAGCAGAUCUUCCCCUGUCCUCCCCUCUGACCACAAAGCCCAGUCCAAAUGUAGUCCAUGUUAGCAGCGCCACCUCUGAUGGUGCUGAUCCCAGGCCUGCGGUGAACCUGCGUUGCGGCGUGGGCAGCACCCUGGAUGAGGUGGUGUGUGUCCCCCUGGUGAACGGGCUGUGGGAGCGGGCGCUGGCCACCGUGGGGCAGCAGAGGAUGAGCCCUGUGGAGAAGAAGAGGCGCAGCCUCACACACACUCUGGACAGCAGCACCGUCCGGGCCGGGGUGGCGGCCGCCGCACUCACCACCCCACAGUCCCUGCUGGUCCCUGGUCCAGUCCAGUCCCAGGUGGUAGAGUACCAUGUGGAGGUUUCUCUACCGGAACACUUCCUCUUCCCUCAUACCAUCACUCUGCCAGUGGCCAGGGACGCACGGGUCACACAGGACAACCUCACAGACUCUGAGGUGGUGAUGGUACCACUGAGGUUCCAUGCCCACGUGGCCGGUCGGUUCCGGUGCCAGCUGGUUCUGCAGUCGUGGCGUGACAUCAGAGUCUACCUGCUGGAAGCUGUGGUUACCGCAGAGGGAGGACACGCCCAGCUAGAGUUCACCACGCCCGCUCACCUGUCUGUCACUCAGGACAUCCCUCUGAUCAAUGAGAGCAGACAGGACUGGCGUCUGCGAGGCUUGGUUAGUGGCUGUGGUUUCUACGGCCCUCCUGUGGUGUACAUACGGGCCGGGGAGAAGACCUGUUACCCCCUUACCUUUAGACCCACCACACAGAGCAUCGUCACGGGCAGGCUGUCCUUGCUGAAUGACACAGAUGGGACGGAGCACAGCUUCACCCUGAGAGGGGUGGGGGAGCGGUCCCUACCCCUGGACCACGUGGUGAUACACUGCUCUGUCAGACAGGUCACACACAGCACCCUGCAGGUCCCCAACUACAGCCAGCACCCCCUCACCUGUCAGGUAGAUACACUAUUACUAUAG